AUGGCGGAUGGCAAUAGCCACCCAUUUAAUAAUGAUGUUAUUGCUGACGAUACGAUAGCUCAAUUACGAAAACAACUAUCUCAUCAACAACAACAACAUCAACAUAAUUCCAAACAUAAAGAUCUUAUUGAUCUUCUUUCCUCAAAUCAUACAAGUAAUCAUUUUUUAAAUUCAAUUGAUCCAUCUAUUAAUAUAUCAUCGCAAGCUAUAACCGACGAUGAUUUUAAUCGUCUUAAAUCAAUAAUACGUUCAACAAUAUGGCCAAUUGAUCAUCUUAUUCGUCGACAAUUAUGGAUGAAUAUAUUAACAUUAAAUCGAGUUAGUACUUCAAAACAACAUCGAAUUACUCAUCAUACAUCACAAACACCUUUAUCAACAUCAACAAUAACAAUUGAUAGUAGUUUACAUUCAUUAACAUCAAAAUUAAGUCAAUGGCCAAAUUUUGUUGAUAUAACUAAUUUAUGUUUUUAUCAUUUAACGGAAUCAAGAGGAUGUUUAUUAUUACAACAUAUUUUAUUUACAUUUGCUUUACAUCAUCCAGAUUUAACUUAUUGUCCAGCAUUAGAACCUUUAUCUGCUUUACUUUUACAUUAUUUUAAUGAACAUGAAGUAUUAUAUUUAAUUAAUCGUUUAUUAAUUAAACAUUGGUUAUGUGGUGAAACACGUUUACAAUGGGAAGCUAAUUGUAAUGUAUUUAAAAAAUUAUUAAAAAUAUACUAUAAAUCAACAGCCGAUGUUAUUGAAUUACGUUAUACAAAUACGAAAGUAUUUUAUCAAGAAUGGUUUUGGUGGAUAUUUCGUUAUCUACCAUUUGCUUAUCUUGUAAAAAUCAUGGAUUGUUUCUUGCUUGAAGGUCCAAAAAUUUUAUAUCGUAUUGGUUUAGCACUUGUUCAUCUGUUUAUUAAAACUGUUAAACACGAAUCGAAUGGAAAAAUACAAAAUAUGGCAGAUUUUUGCCAACAAAUUCCAGUAUCUAUUGAACAUCUUUUAAAUGUUGCAUUCCAUAUUCGAAAUUUAAAACGUAGUACAAUAGAACAAUUAAUUGAGCACGAAGAAAAAUUAUUACAUACAACUCGUUAUUUUCCUCGAACAGAUGAUAUUGAUCAGUCUAAUAGUAAUACAAAUAUUAACAUUAAUAAUAAUAAUAAUAAUAAUUUGACUAAUAAUCAUGAAAAUAUGAGUCAACGACAAUCAAUAUUUAUUACUCCUCAACAUCUUACACGAAUACCAAAUACAUCUAUACUCGAUUAUCAACAAUUUGUUACUCUAUGGAAUUGGUUACCUGCACGUCUUAGCCUUUCUCAACCUGUCCUUGUUUUUACAACACAAGAACAUGGAUUUCGUUUACAAACUUUAUUAGAAAAAAUCGAUGAUAUUGAAUAUUCAAUAUUAGUUAUCAAAACAACUAAUGGCGAAAUAUUUGGUGCAUUUUGUGCUGGUCUUUGGUCUGAUCGUCAUAAUAAAACAUAUUUUGGAUUUGGUGAAUCAUAUUUAUUUACUCUUGUACCAAAACAAAUCAAAUAUCCUUGGGUUGGACAACAACAAGAGAAUGAUAAUCGUCAAUAUAAAGUUAAACGAGAACUUUUCUUAUUUGUUAAUAAUGAAAAAUUAAUCAUUGGCGGAGGUAAUGGUGAUGGUUUAUCUAUUGAUGCAUCAUUAUGUGAAGGUCGUACAGCUCAUUGUGAAACAUUUAAUAAUGAGCCACUUUGUUCAUCACCAUACUUUUCAAUAUCAGUUUUAGAAAUGAUUACAUUUGAUUUUUCAUCCUCCUAG